AUGAACGAUGGGCGGUCCUUCUGGUUCUCUGACCACCUGCGCGGUGUAAACCUUCCGAGGAGUGAGUUGAGAGGUGGUGGCCACUCCGACAGCAGCGACAGCAGUGACCGAGCGGCGGAAGUCUUUUACGACCAUCGAUCCGGUCUGCCACAGCAUGAGCCAACAGACACCCCCACCGCUCGAAGCGGCGACGGUCUUGCCCACCAGUCUCUCCGGUUCAUCUCGGGGAACCAGCAGCAGCAGCAGCCACCAACCAAGCAAGUGUCCUCUGCGUCUCUGACGUCCUCCCUAGAUGUCGCGCGCAAAGGCGGCGUUGACAGCUUCCCUGCCAGCACCUUCGCCUCCACGACACCGGGUGCAACGUUGUCCGCGUUGGUUGGCACGGUGAAUGAGGCGGUGGUCACGAUGAACCACGCCGUCCGUGUCCCGUCUGCCCUGCGUGGUGCUGGUCGCCGAACCAUGUUCGACGUUCUCGUCGACGUUGCAGCACGGCAGCGAAGACAGGAGCAGCGGCGGGCGAAACCGCAGGAGUCGGCAGAGGGAACGAACUUCGCCAGCAAACCUAGCCCCACUACCAGAGACGCGCAGGUGCUGGAUGUCGCCUCCUCUGCGCGGGAGGUGACGUAUCAGAUGCUCUUUCCUCGAACCGUGGUUGCUGCAGCUGCAGCGCGCAUGUCUUCAUCGUGCCCGACUACUUCUCCCCCCGCGGUCGGCUCGGCGCGAGAGCCUGGCAAAGCACACACUGUUGCGGCAGCUCCUCCACCUCCUGCAGCUGCGGUGGUGCCACCUUCGCCGAGCGGAAGCGAGCGCAUACACACGCACACCUCGCCAGUCUCUCACCUUUCGCCUCCACCGUCCUCUCCGCCACCGCCUGAGCGGGCGAAGCCGGACCGCCGCCUGCGCCAUCUUCUGCCAGCGCACUUGCGCGGCUGCCCAGCUGCGUCGCAGAGCGCCGAUGACAGCUCACAGAGGCAGCAGCUGCAGGCAGCGCGGAACCACGAGGCCAAAUGCCCGCAGACUCGGCAUGCAGACUAUCGCACCGGUGCUUCGGCUCUGGAUGCGUCAGAUAUCUCCAGCAUUAGCAGCUGCAGCGACGGCGAUACCACGAAGCCUAACACGCGACACCCGCUGGCGCCACCAGCGGUCGCACGGCCGACAGUGCUUUCCAGGCUCAUCGACGGUGACGCCGAGGAACUCGUGCGCCUCAGCCACCACCGUGGGGGACGCGACCGCGGCGAACCAGAGCGACCGCAAGCGGUGGCCGUAGAGCCAAAAACGAACUGGGCGCUGCUGGAGCGGGUGCUCAUGGGAACGGCCGGGGCGGUGGCGUCAACAUCGCACGCAGGCGGGCCAAAACGCUCCGGUGACCGCCACCGCCGCAGGCGCCGCCGACACCAUCGUGUAGGUCGUACCACUACUAGUGGCAGCUCAGAGAGGGGCACAACGCACAGCAGGGCCACCGACGCCUCCACAUCAGACCGGGACGACACGAGCAGCGGCGUGGAAGACUCGGGGCACAACAGUGGCGGUGUUGUCGACCUCCGCAGGGACCUCAACGACGAAGUGCCGCAGUGGGUGAGGCAGCACGAAGCCGCCCGCGAACGCCUUGCCCAGUUGCAGCAGCAGCAGCGGCAGCAGUUCUCCUGGGCGUCACCGACAUUCAGCAAUGCACACAUGUUCGUCACCGCGCGAGGGGCGGCAGCGGACAAGGCCCAGGCGCAGGUGGCGGCGACUGCGGCAGCAUCGCAGGCGUUCUUCGGAAAGCCGCGCAGUUUCUGCCCUUCAUCGAUGGCGCCGCGCACGCCGAGCGCGGCAUCAUACGCGGCCAGCGGACUUGUGGGUGGUGGGGCUCCUUGGUCGGCUGUGAGUGGCGUGGGCCAAGGCCGGCACGACACCUGGAGCCCACUCACUGCAGCAGCGACUGCCGCCGGUGUGCCGCCAUCCCUGCUCGCGUUUGGGAAGGAAGGGAAGCGCGUGCUGAGGCAGCGCUCCUCCAACGCGACAGCGGUGGCCGUGGUCGAGUACUUGUGGCAACGCUUUCAGGCGUGGAAGCCGUGUGGGUUGCGGCUGCUGCAUCAGCUGCGCAGCGGCUUCUGCUUCUGUGAAGCUGCAGCACCGCCAGCGGGGUCGUCCCUGUCGCGCGCCGAGCACGGGAGUGGUCCCGACCGCCUCCUGGUGAACCCGGCGUGCAAUGAUGCUGCGGGAGAUGCCGACGGGCCCAUCGAAGACAUAUCGGGCACCAGCAGCGAUGAAGGAACCCACGCAUCUGCCGUGCAGAGCAAAGCGGCACGGAAACCACGUAGAGUCAGCAACCAGGCACUGCCACAGAGGCGUCCACGCGGCACCGCCGGUGGAGGUGCCGACGCGACGCACAGGGAAAGCGCACAAAACAAAGACCAGGGGAAGGCAGGCGAUGCUGCCGCCGCCGUCGCCGAGGCGGACGGCAGCAGUGACGAGGGUAUCGAGCUGCAGAUGAAGGUGCACUACAUGGAGUCCGCCUUCAACGUCGUCGCCGUGCAUGGUGAGCUUACGUAUGCGAGCGAAGGCGCCUGUGCGCGUCUGGGGCUUGCGUACCCUCUGUCUCCCUUCUCUCCCUGCUUGUCACCACGCGUCAGCGGCCGAGCGGACGACGCUGAGACGACACCAGCAGCAGCGGCGCAACAACGACGGUGGACGUUCCUCGUUCCCGAGCCGGCGCUCACGCAGGUACCGGUGCGGCUGCAGGAGCACCUCUACCUCGCCCAGCCCUACACCGUCCUUCACGAGAUGCAGACUGUUCUCUCGAGCUAUAACUUCACAACAGACGCGCUGCUUCGGCAACACGCGGAGGAGGAAGCAGCUGCUCAAGAAGAGCGGCAGCGAUGGCGCGCGCUCGACGCGUCCAACGUAGCCGGUGUGGCGACGCAGAAGACGAACGCAUCGUCGACGACGGCUGCAGUAGCGGGUCGCGCAGCGGCCAAUGACGUUUUGGAGGGGCACAUGCUAGACCGUGGCGACGGAGAGUCUGGUGGUCGUCAACGCGGGGUUAGCCCAACCCGCAGCGGAUCGCAGUGCAACGGCGCUGCCGCGAGUGCGCCUACCCGCUGGUGGGCAGCGCUGGAGGGGAACGACGAGACCCCUGUCCACGAAGCCGCCUCGAUCCACGCACAGGCACCGGCUGAUCAUGCAGACGCUCCCGUGGCGAAUCGCUCCCCGACAUCCCUGCGCCGAGAGCUCGGUGGUGCGCCGGUGAGCCUCGAUCCGACACGCCUGGGUCGCGCGCCGCCGCUGCAGCACCCCCAACGGCGGCAGUGGCCCGUAGAGGACGGGGAAGACAACCACCUGCGAGCCCAUUCAGCUGACGGCGAGGAAGCCCACACUCCAACCGCCGUGAGGCAGUGCGGCAGCGGUUGUGUGGGAGCGUCCCCAGAGCCGCACCAACCACCCGUCUCUCGCCUCCCACCACCACCACCGCGGCUGCGCGAUGCCGGGAAUGGGAGUGCCGCCGUCAACGCUGAGGCGCAGUGCCCAAAAGGCGUCCCGCCCGGACAGUCAUCCGUGUCCCCGUCCUAUGUGCGUGCGAGCACGGCCAGCGUCAACUCGAUUUCCAUCGACGGGUUCUACGACCCGCUUGCGAUGCCUGCACUACCGACAACGGGCGUCAGGAGGGGGAUAGCGGCAGCGUGGGGCGCCAACGAAAGGUGGGGCCACGGUGGCGGCAGCGGCACGAACGGCUCGGCCACCGCCACUGCAGACAAAACGAUGGUGCUCACCGGAGAAUCGGGGCACGGCGCUGACCGUGAAAUUGUGCCAGAGGACGCGUUUGGGCGCGGGCUCGCUGCGGGGCCUCGGGAACUGCCAAUUCCGCCUCAGAUGACCGCGCGUCCGACGAACAGCCUCCGCUCGUCCGGAGCAGCAGAGCUAGCAGCCGGGGUGUUUGGUGGUCUUGUCGGGGAGGAUGCCCGGGUCCGUGGUGGCAACGCACUCGCGAGGGAAAUGUCCACCGUGACAGCGGCGGCCAUCGCGGCGGACCCGCUGAUGGAUGAUCGAGUUGGGGGUGGCUUCCCGCGCGGCCCGGCAGCUGACUGGGACAUCCCUGUCGAUGUUCUUUUUGCGCUGAGCGGCGGCGGCGGUCAAGGGCGGGAACGAUCAGAGCAGCCUGUGCGACAUCGGCGGCGGCGGCACCGCGAUGCCGAAGUCGGCAGUGGAAGCGCGGAAGAUGACGAUGAGGGAGCUCCCAUGGUGCAGCAAGGCCUCGCCGGUGUCCGUCGCCGGGCCACCACCUCUGCACGGCUCGCGAAAGAGCCAGUGCACGCGUACAGGCGCCACCGGCACGAAACCCGCGCGAGCGACGGCGCUUUUCAGAUGACCGCGCUUGGCGAGGCGUCCAGUGAGUUGGACAGUGCCGCUGCGUCGCAGCUCGCCUCGCAGAAGAUCCCGCAGAGCGCAACCUUUUCGCUUCCGACCCCGUGCUCGCGAUUUGCGUCCGCUGCGUCUUCGCUUGUCUCAUCGGCAGCGGCGUCGUCCAGUAGUCCUUCUUCUUUGUCAGAGCCGGAGGAUGGGGACGGGGACGACGACGAUGUGAAAGGCGGCGGUACUGCCCAUGCAGCCCGGGAGCCGUCCUGGAAGGUGAACGCGAAGGGAGCAGUACGCUGGCCGCGUCAUGGUACUCGUCGCAGUGGUCGCGAUGGAGUCUUCGUCACACGCCAGCAGCAGCAGCAGCAGCAAGAGCGGUGGAUCCGCGAGUUGUGGGGCCGCGGAAAGCAGGACGAUGAACCCUCCGUCCUGCCUGCUGCCCCAUCCACUGUCUCUGCACCGGCUCAUGCGCCGGCCGGUCCCUCUCAAUACAGCCAGCACCAGCAGCAGACAUCGCCGUCGCAGAGGCCAUCUAUGCUGUGCACAUCAACGUCUUUCUUCUCGGCUGUUGAUGCGUCGAUAUCGGUGCUGAGUGCCGUGAGUGCCUCUGCCAGAGCGGCGCCAAUAACGAGGGAAACAGGCGGCAACGGUGCGAUGAACACUGCACCACCAUCGUCGCCGCUCCCAGACGAGGAUAGCGCCGCCAUGGCACCGCACGUUGACACUCUGACGAGCCUCAGCUCGCUCGAGGCGAUCGUUCGUGGUGUUCCGGCCGUUCCAGUCCUGCACCACGCCGAGGUGGCAGGCGCGAGUACCGCCACAACAGGCUUCUUUGCUCUGGAAGACGUUGACCUGAGCGACGCUGAUUGA